AGCUGCCACCCGCUGUACCGGGCAGGCACUAGCCUCCUAGCCCACUCCCCACUCCUUCCUUGAAGAAGGCGCAGAGAGAGAGAGAGAGAGGCAAAGCAAACCCCGCGCAGAAAACUGUCUCCUUCCUUCCCUUCCCUCCAUCCUCGGCGCAAACCCCUCAUCCUCGCAAACAAGAUCCCCAAAUCCCCGCAGGUCUGCUCUGCUCGCCCUCGCCGGAUCAGCCCCAUUGCGCCGCCGAUUCCGCCGCGCCCGGCCCUGCGUGGAGGAGGACUCCGGUCCAGGUCCAGGCCCAGGCCGACGCACGCGCGCGCAUUGCGGGGCGCUAUCUUCAUCAGGGUUAAACAGGAUUUGGAUGCUGUGUUACUUUACUUUAUCGAGCCUCCUCUGUAGCCUAACCAACAAUGGACAAGGGUGGACCACUUCCAACUGUAAAGCGGAAAAAUGCCUUGUUCGCUGAUAAAGUUGCAUUCUUGCCGUCCUCUCAGCUGUGCCCUUUAUGCGGAAUUCAACAAAGUGCUGAGAUUUGUAUUUUAUAGAUGACCUGGGCAGCAACUCUUGAUUAUGGGCGCAAGACAAAGAAUGAGGACAUACGACCAGGGCCACUGCGUCCAGCAAAUAUCAUAAGAAACAAAUUUCCUACCUACAAGAAUGGUUCAAACGGCAUUGUGAUCAAGCUGGCAGAUGGCCCAGAAGUGCCGCCUCUCAAGGAGGUUGUUGCUAAGGAGACGGAGGAACUGCUUGAUCGCCGUCAGCGCUUCUCAGUCCGUGAGCUUGCAAUGAAGUUUGAGAAGGGACUCAACACUGCCACUCUGUUGUCUAAAGAGGUUAAAUGGAGACAAGUGGCUUUGUUGGAGCGAGACAUUCUCCUGAAAAAUCUAAAGAGUGUAUUGGAGUCACUGAGAGGUCAAGUCACGGGCAAAACUAAGGACGAAAUUGAGGAGUCUAUUUCUAUGGUGGAAAUUCUUGCAGUUCAGCUCUCCAAAAGAGAAGCUGAGUUGAUUCAACAAAAAACAGAGGUCACAGAAUUAGCGAAAUCAUUAAAGCUGGCUUCUGAAGAUGCCAAGAGAAUUGUUGAAGAAGAAAGAGUUAAUGCCAAUACGGAGGUAGAGAGUGCUAGGUCUGCAGUUCAAAGAGUUCAAGAAGCACUUCAGGAGCAUGAAAAGAUGUCCAAAAGAACUGGGAAGCAAGAUAUGGAGGAACUAAAGAAAGAAGUUAGAGUGGCCAGGAGAAUAAAAAUGCUGCAUUGCCCUAGCAAGGCAAUGGAUCUGGAAAAUGAAAUCAAAACUUUACGUAAGACGUUCACUGAGAAGUCCGUGGAUUGUGUCAAUCUUUUGAAAGAGUUGGAACUGCACAAAAGACUAAAAGGAAACGACAUUCCCGUGUUUGAUUUGGAGGGUCUCCAGUGCUUAGGUUCAAUGCUACACAUAGUUUGUCAGAACGGUACUCCCAUGGAUUUCUCAAAUAUUUCGGUCCAGUGGUUCCGGAUACACCCAAAAGAAAGCAACAAAGAGAUUAUUUCAGGUGCCACAAGACCAGCAUAUGCUCCAGAGCCAAAUGAUGUUGGACGUUACAUGCAAGCUGAAAUCAAUUUUGGGGGUGAAACUGCAAUAGCAAAGACAGCUGGGCUAGUAGACCCUGAUGCUGGACUGGUGGAUUAUGUAGAGACACUCGUAAGAAAACCUGAAACUGAGUUCAAUGUUGUUGUGCUUCAGUUGAAUGGAAUUGAUCAGCCGAAAGAGGCUGUUCAUGUUCUCAAUGUGGGGAGAUUGCGGAUGAGACUUUCAAAAGGGAAGACAGUGGUCGCCAAAGAAUUCUAUUCCUCAUCGAUGCAGCUAUGUGGUGUUCGAGGUGGCGGGGAAGCAGCCUCACAGGCGAUGUUUUGGCGGCCCCGGAGUGACCUCAGCUUCGCCGUUGCCUUCGAAACAGCGAGAGAGCGGAACGCCGCCAUCAUGCUGGCGCGGCGAUUCGCCAUUGAUUGCAAUAUCAUCCUUGCAGGUCCGGGUGACAAGACUCCCUGGUGAAGGAGACGGCGCGCACUGGUGCUGGAUGCUUGUGCCUCCGAACUCCGGCCCGACAGGCGACCCUUGCAGAGCGUUGCAGAGCGAACGUGAUGUUGUACAUUUUAGUGUAUUUCAUGAUAUGUUGUAGCCUGGGUUUUGUUCCCUUGUGGCCUUGUGGUGGUAGCUCUCAGAGGCGGCACCGUGGGCAUCGUUUUAGCCGCCUUGGUGUUGUUCUGACAACCUUCCGAGUGUUCAUGUUGUUCUGCUUCACAGGCGUUGCGAUAUGUUGUUGCUAGGCGUUUCUCUCUUCUUUCUGAUACUCCCAUGCAAGGACAGUUAGCUAUGUUUGACGUGUUACACACUAUAAAAGAAAUGUUUGAUGUGUACUA